UAAAUCCCGGAGCAGCGAAGCGUGCGCGUCUGGCUUUUCCCGGAUUUGCGUGUUUGCACUUGGGAUUCUGUGGUGUUGCCCCGGUGUGUUUUCUGUUGUAUGUUGUUGUAUUUUGUGUGUGUAUCUGUGUGUGUGUGUGUGUGUGUGUUUGUGAUGGGCGGACAUAAACCCGCGUGCAGCGUAGUGAGAUUCCUACCGGAUAUAAAGUACAUUGGGAAAUAACGGAGCCUCUAACGGAAAAAAACGGGAAUAUUUUUCUCAGUACGGAGCUUUAUACCAGCAAAUGCACACGCACACAGCGGUUAUUGUUCCUUCUCACACCUUUGGAUCGUAGGAUCUCUCUACGAAGUGUUUGGGAUUUAAACUGGAAUGAAAAAGCACGAGGAUCAAAGCGAAUAAACGGCAUGAGGAAAUAAAACAUCUGCGCGCGCUUGUUAACAUGGAACUGCGGAGGCUUUACUGUCUCAUCCUCAACACACCGUUACUGCUGUACGGAGAGGCUGCCUUCACUGAAGUGCCCACAGAUGUGAGUGUGUGUGAGGGUGAGGACGUGGAGAUGCCAUGUGCAUUUCGUGCCGUUGGUGUGUCUCCGUUUGCUCUAGAGAUUCAGUGGUGGUACCUAAAGGAGGUGACCCCACGGGACACACAUGACUCUCACUCGGGCAACCGAGCCAAGGUUGCUCCAAGAGACGCCACUAAGAUCAGUACGGUGCGUGUGCAGGGAAAUGCCAUCUCCCACAAGCUCAGCCUGUCCCAGGUGGGGAAGGAAGAUGAGGGUGUGUAUGAGUGUCGUGUGUCAGAUUUAUACUCGGAUGACACACAGGACUUUAAAGUGCAGGCAACACUUCGUGUGGCACCACGGGAUAGCAUGCUUGCAGAGGAGGCUGUGUCUCAUAUCCAAAACCGCUGGACAUUAAAGAGUGCAGCACGAGCCACUAAUGAACCGGAUCAGGGAAAAAGCCACGCAAUCCCUCCAUCAUCAUCAACCCUCACCACAGCCUCAUCACACACUGCUAACGCCUCCAACAGACAGCAGCAUGAGACCGGUUCUGUUGCUAUGGUGACUGUGGAACCACUGAUGUGCAUCAUGCUGCUGAUCUGUUACACACUCUUUUGAAUGAAUAUAACAACAACGGAAUACCAGAACCAAUCCUUUAUCCACCAAACACCGGGAUAUCAAUAACCACACAAACAGACCAAUAAAUAUGAUACGUUCACUGUUUCAGCGCGUUAAAGACGACUCACAGCAGAGCAAAAAGAAAUGAAAGAAAAAGAACAACUGGAAAAAUCUUUUAUUUUUACAGUUUGAUGAUAAAAUGAUAACCAUAUGAGACGCAUGAAAAAAAA